AUGCUGCUCACCUCGCCAAAAGUUCUGCUCAACCUCUUACUCUCCUCUUCGUUUGUUCUCACCCCUGUCCUUGCGGGAUCACAUUCACCUUCCCCUCCAUCAAGCGUAGCAGCAAAUCCCUACGCACCGGAAGAUGCCUACUGUGCGCCUAAUAUCAUCCGCCCAGCCGAGGGUCUGAACCCCAGAGAAGCAAAAUACAUUGCGGGACGCAAGCAAAAAGCCGACGUCGCCCUGGCCGCUUGGCUCAGGAAACAGGGUAACUUCAAGACCGAUGCUCUCCCCACCCUCGGCCUUGCCACGAGUGGAGGUGGUAUGCGCGCGAUGUUCAUGGGCGCGGGACUCGUGAAGGCUUUUGACGAUCGUGAAAGCACCGAGAGCACGGCAGGAUUAUAUCAGGCUUUCACUUACCAUGCUGGCUUGUCUGGCGGUUCAUGGCUCGUGAGCUCGCUCGCCGGAAACAAUUGGCCGACUGUUUCAUCCCUGGCCACCUCGACCUGGGAACCUGGCUUUGUCAAUUUUAUUCUUCUCACCCCCAAGCUACUGGGAGAUGGCGUCCGCUAUGCUUAUAUCAUCGCUGCCCUCGCAGCCAAGCAAGCUACAGGAUUCGUGACAACUAUCGUCGAUCCGUACGGUCUCGGUAUCCUCACUGCUCUCUUCCCGAAGAGCGUUGAUGUAGGCUCGAUCCGACUAUCGGGACUCACGGAAUUGAGCGCAUUCAAGAACUUCGAAGCUCCCUUUCCAAUCAUCACCGCCCGCGGCGUAGACUACAGCGCGGCUCCGACCAAUCAGUGCACUCCAAACGCGACCUCUUCUGACUGGGAAUUCUCUCCAUACGAAUACGGCAGCUGGACUCCGGGAUAUGCCGGCUUCGCCAACACCGCCUAUAUGGGUAGUGACAUGAUCGCAGGCCGACCUGAAGUCGUCGGCAAGGACGCCAACGGCGGCUCUGCAUUUCACCGCGCCUGGAAAGGAUGUGCCUGCACCAAGGGCUAUGACACCCUCUCUUACAUCGUCGGGACAUCGUCCAACGUCUUCAACGUCCUCUGUCAGACCAUCGCCCCAUCCAACUCCACCUCAUCGGCCAUCUGGAACGUCCUCAGUGCCAUGGUCGCCACCACCCACGAGCCCACCCGCCAGGACAUCUUCGGCCUCUUCCCCAACCCUUUCUACAAAUCCUCCUCUCCCGCCCAAGCACUCGUUUCCGACAAGCGCACCCUGACCCUCACCGACGGCGGCCAAAGCGGCCGCAACAUCCCCAUCGGCCCUUUCGUCAUGCCCGCAACUAGCCGAGGCCGUCCCGCCCGCCCCGUCGACGUCCUCGUCGUGACCGACGCCUCCGCCGACACCACCGACUUCUUCCCCAACAACAAAGCCCUCACAUCCUCCCGUGCGGCGGCCCUCAGCGCCGGCGGCGUCGCCGCCUCCCGCUUCCCCGCCGUCCCGGACACGCCCACCUACCUCGCCCAAGGGCUGAACCGUCGCGCCUCGUUCUUCGGCUGUUCCGCCGCCAACUCGGACGGCAUCGAGCCUCUCUUCAUCGUCUACCUGCCUAACGCCCCUCUGACCUUCAACACCGGCCUCUCCGACUUCAAACUCGACUACUCGGCCGCCGAGACCGCCGGCUCCAUCGAGAACGGCCGGGCGAUCGCACUCCAACGCAGCGGCGACCUCCCCGGCGGCGUCAAGAUCCCCGCCGAGGACACCGAACAAUGGCCCUUUUGCCUGGCCUGCGGGAUCGCCAGCCGGGGCGGCCAUGCUGGAGAUUUGCCGGAGGGAUGUCAGAAGUGUUUGCAGAAGUACUGUUGGUUCGAGUAG